AUUUAAAGCAAUUAUUUAUCUUCACAUGGCAGACAACAACAUUUCUAAUCUUAAUUUUUACAUAAUUUGCAAACUCAUAUGUGCCACCAAGCAAGUUAAUAAUUUGCAUUUGAUUUGUUUGGAAAUAAAUCCCAUUAUGACAUCACAGGUUCGAUUCGUGACUCAUAAAUACACAGGUGAAGUCGUCAUUCAUUGUCACUUGCUAUUCCAUGAAGACUCUGGAAUGCUGAUGACAACUUAUAUAUCAGAACCAGGUACCCAGAUUAAAACACACACACCGUCAGGCAAUGCUUAUCCAGGAACCUGCAACAAAACUGAUGUUUUCCCUUUCUAUAAUUUCCCACCAUGUGAACAAGAACGUGACUAUGUUCAUAAAUACUAUCAUGGAAAUAACAAUGGACACGGUCAUAGCUAUGGGCAUAACUAUGGUUCUGAACAUGAGCACAGUUACGGCUAUGGUCAUGAACCGGUCCAUAGUCAGGAACAGAGUUAUGGAAAUGGCUAUGAACAAACCACGGGUCAGGAACAAACCACCGGCCAUGAGCAUCAAUACAACCAAAAGAAUGGCCAGAAAAAUGAUUUUGUUUUGUUGUUGGGUGCUGAUGAGGAAAACGACGAGUUAAACGAUAAAAACUUGGAUUACUUUAAUGAAUUAAAACGAAAAGAAUUCUUGAGCCGAUUGAAACAAGACUCGAUAUUUGAUCCUUCAUUGUUGUUCUAGGUUUUAAAUGCUCAGAGUUUUAGAUUUGAAACGGUUGUGUGCAGUUUGUUGUUUGGGUUAGGGGUUGACUUAUAUUGGUGGUAUCAACAUAUGAUAGAUUUGUUAAAAUUGUUUACAAUGAUGAGGCUAUAUAAGCAGAUGUGACUGUUGGUUGGCUUGGUCAUGUGUUUAUUCUCUUUUCUUUUGUUUAUUUUCUUUUCUUGUCAUUAAAGAAUAUUCAUAGAAUUAUAAAACCGCAUCUUUAUGACUCUUAAAGAGUGUUGUUAAUUGUUAUAAAAACACGAUCAGGAAAUACUGAAACUUUUGGGUUUAACUGCCCCCACUUUUUAAUUAAAUAUUAGAUACCGAUAUAUACAAUAUAUAUACAUUGCAUUUUUAUUAUGAAUACAACUCGUUGAUUGGGCGUUCUAUUUAUAUCUGCCGAGGGCUCCGUAUGCGUACAAGCACUUGAAAUUUGAGUGCGCGCACGGCCUACUAGAGAUAGCCCCCGGAAAACAUAUGGCUAGUAUGCCGUGGUGCGCGUAAAGCUCUAUAUUGUUAUAACUGACAACUGACAACAUGUCGGCAUGAUUGACAAGCCGUAAUCGUCCGACUCCGUGGCGCAACGGUAGCGCGUCCGACUCCAGAUCGGAAGGUUGCGUGUUCAAAUCACGUCGGGGAAAGAAAAGCGUCCAUAUUGUUAUUAAUGCGAUGACUGACAACAUGGCGGCAUGAUUGACAAG